CUGCCGCGCCCCGAGCAGAGGGACGCGGGCGACGCCUUCACCGACUCCUUCACGGACGGCUGCGCCCAGGGCGGGAGCCAGGGCAGUGGGGCCGAGGGCGCUGCCCAAGCGGGCCUGAAGCCCUGGGCACCCCUGAACGACUCGGAGGUGUACCUGGCAUCCCUGGAGAGAAGACUGAUGAGGAUCAAAGGGCUGUCCCAGGAGGUGACCUCCAAGGACAUGCUGCACACCCUCGCCCAGGCCAAGAGGGAGUGCUGGGACAGGUUCCUGCAGGAGAAGUUUGACUCCGAGCUCUACCUAGAGGGCCACGAGGCUGAUGAGAGCACCCUGGAGCACCUGCGGCGGUGGCUGCAGCCCGACAGGGUGGCCAUCAGCAGCGAGGAGCUGCAGUGCCUCCUGCCCCCCGAGCCCCAGCCAGAGGGGCUGCAGAGCCAGCAGGAGCCCCCGCCCGCCGAGCAGUGA